AUGGGGAUUCAAGCGCUUCCGGAUACCACGAUCCGGACGCUUGGCGCCACGCAAGCCCUGACUGACGCGAGCACACUGAUCAAGGAACUAAUCGACAACUCUCUGGAUGCAAAUGCCACUUCAAUCUCCGUCGAAGUCCAUAGCAACACGCUCGACUUGAUCCAGGUCCGAGAUAAUGGCCACGGUAUCGUUCCCGAGGAUCGGCCACUCGUGGCACGCCGAUACUGUACCAGCAAGCUCACUCACGAUGACGAACUGGAAAACAUUGGUGGUACUUCUCUUGGCUUUCGAGGAGAAGCACUCGCAAGCGCCGCUGAGCUGAGCGGCUCACUGACGAUCAGCACGCGUGUUGAAGGAGAGAUGAUAGCGGCUGCACUCAAAAUCGACCGGAAAGGCGAAGUGAUCAGUCAGGACAGGGCAUCAUUGCCAAUUGGGACUACUGUGAGAGUCACCGACUUCAUCAAAGCCAACCCUGUGCGGCGCCAAAAUGCUCUCAAGAACACGGACAAGUGCAUCAAGACUAUCAAGCGUGUGUUGCAGGCUUAUGCAUUUGCCCGACCUCACGUACGCCUUUCCUUGAGGAUUGCCAAAGCCAAAAAGCCCAUCAACGACUGGGUCUACGCACCUAAGCCUGGUGGAAACGCAGAGGAAGCCGCCUUCAAGAUCGUGGGUGCGGCUUGUGCAUCCCAAUGCGUCUGGUCUCUCAUCGAAGAGCACGGCUUCACCCUGCAAGCCUUCCUGCCUCGACCAGAAGCUGAUGUGAGCAAGAUAAGUAACACCGGGUACUUCAUAUCUGUUGACGCUCGUCCGGUCUCUGCUACUGCCAGCUCUUUCAAGCAGAUGAUCAAGAUAUUCCGCGAAGCAAUGAAAGACACGAACGCUAAAUUCGAGGGCAUUAGAGAUCCGUUCCUGUACCUGGAAAUCGAUUGUCCCGUGGGUAGCUACGAUGUCAAUCUCGAGCCUUCAAAGAACGACGUUCUAUUCGAGGACAACGCACUAGUUAUCGGAGCAGUUCGAAAGCUGUUUGACGCUGUCUAUGCCAAGCCCGUAGUUGCUGCCCAUAAGCCACCGGACGUGGAGGAGUCUAACUGUAACGAUGACAAUGUCGAGGCAGAUGGUAAUCCUAAGAUCCCUGAACCGCAGAUUGCAAUGCCUGUGCAGCUUGAAGAACACGGAGAUGGUCGCGUGAACGAAGCCGCCUCUCAAAUGCCAGGAGAGCGCAUAGCUGAAGAGGAGGCCGCUGAGUCUGGCCGCGACGCUGCCACUGUCCGCAACUUCAGAUCGAACAUGUACGGCUGCGAUGAGGAAGACUUGGAACUUUUGGACGACGCCCUUCCCAUCGAUCGCACGGAGGCUGAUAUUGAAGAGCUUCGGCAAGCACGACAUGACGUUGGUGUCUCAAAUCCUUGGAUUCUCGCGAAGCUCAAUAGCUCAGUCCGGCGCACUGUGCAAGCAGAGUCGCUUGCCGAUGACCCUCCAGUCUCUCUCCCAGUGGAACUGUUGAGCUCACCAACGAAGCGUACUCAGCGACCGCAGCGGAUGGAAACCGCAUUCCUGCCUACGCCGAGGCCGUCCUCUCCAUCUCCACCUGCGGACGAUUCUCUCCCACCAGACCAUGUUGUCAGCAUUCGCUCUGACAGAAAUGGUCGACUGCGAGGGCCUCCAGCCCUGCCUCUGCUACAGCCACACACGCCUGUGCCAUCAAGUGACGCACCCAUGGCUGAGCAUGACGUGACUGAUCUCCCAGGACGCCGUACGCAGCCCAUGUACAAUUAUCGCCUUACACCAGACGCAACAGCCGGGUCUUCGGCGAUGCCACCUCGUGCCAUGAUUGGCAAGUCUGGACUUCCUUGCGCGGACACAAGACCGAAGCCUCGAGGCCGAGUCAAUAAGCCUUUCAAACCCCCAAUCAAGGAUCAGCCUGACAAAGAGAAGGUGUGGUUUGAUCACCUGGAGCAAGUCGACAAGCCUCGUGGCGCGCCGAAGAAGCAAUACAAUCAGUCCAGCGACGGUCUCGUGUCGCAAGGAGACGUAGACGCCGCGCGCUCCUUGUCGCCUCCCCAACGAAACAGAGACAUCCGAGAGUUCGUUGGAUCCAAUGAUCACAACUGUACUUCCGCCAUGAUUGAGAGCCGUAACCAUGACAAUCGAUCAUCUCGCAACCAGGUCGCUGAGCAGGAGAAUAACUUGGAAGAUAUGGAUGAGCGGAAACUCAGACCAAGGCGUGUGCUAGGCGGACGGGACUUCAUUCCGGCUAGUGAUCUGGCCGUUUUGGAGGAAUACGGAAGAUCCCCGGAGAAGCAGAGAACACGUGCACCGAAACGACGUAAGACAAGUGAAAGACGGCCUCUUAGUGACAUGAAUGCCAACACGCCAUUGGCACAGCAAGACAACCCGGUCUCGAUUGAUGAGCCUGGGGCCAGUGAUCCAGGCAACAGAAAGCGGGGAAUCUCCCGACGCCAGAGCUCGCAUAAGACCGGCCGUACAAAGUCCUCUAGACUCCCUCUGGAACGAGUACCUGCUGGUCAAGGCAUGCAUAAUGUCGUCUACAGCAUGCCAAUCUCCCCCAGAGAUGUCUCUAAGCUUGCCGGUAAAAUCGACGAGGAGGCCUCGCUCUUCAGCUACAACCAGCCGAGCGUCAAUAUUCAACCAGCGUUUGACUCGGACCAGCUCGACUUGCAAGACCUCACUAACAACCUUUACAAGCUUCUCCUCAAAGCCAGUCCAGGUUCAGAUACAGAAGAUGACCCUGAACUGCCGGACAGACUGUUCACCCAACUACGCGCCGCAUUGGCGCUGCGCCGAAAUGCGCCAGAAGAGGAUAUCGACAGAGCUGAUGAGAUCAUGUCCUAG